AUGGACCUCGAGCGAUCCAUCUUGAAUAAAACCAACUCUACAUUCAAACAUACCCUCGCUUCUGACAAUUAUACUCAUCCCUCUACUACAUCUUCUGUCGACGACGCUAUCUUGUCUCAUUUUCGCGUUGACACUUCUCCGAUGCAGUCGCUUCCGGAGGCCACGAAGUCGCAUAUUGAGGUUGAUAGACAUGGCGUGAGUUCUUCGAAUUAUCAGCCUCGGGAUGACGAGUAUCAUCACAAUGAUAAACUUAUGGCUAUGGCUGAAGUGGUUUCUGAUGCUUGUUACUCUCAACAAGCCACCUAUUAUCCUGCCGCUGCUGUCACUCACCAUCAUAACCACCAACAGCAUCAGAAUCAUACUUCUGGAAUCACAUCUCGCUCCUACCAUUAUCAUCUUCCCACCCCGGCUACGUCGGCUGAGGAUUACAAUUCUCCGGAUAUCAUUCCGUCUGCACCAGAUGUACCGAUUCCGGCUGCAACUCCGGCCGAGGUUCCAGUUGAAGAGGUGUAUGAUGAAGAUAUGACAGAGAUUGAGCCCGAGCAGGAAAAACACGAGGAUGGUAACAACAACAACAGUGAUAGGGCACUCAUACUCGCGGGCAAUCGAGUUGCCGCCAAUAGACAGCACCCGGAGGACAAUGGCCGGUUUGUCCCCGUAUGCCAAUACGAAAACCCAUGCAGGGAGAACCUCGUUUUCUCCAACGCCUUUUGCCGGAAGACAGUCUCGCAUAUCUUUGGUCGUAACAAGACUUGCACGCAGCUGAUUCCAGACGAGCUCUGGAUCUGGUAUUGCCGGAAACACUACCAGCGCUGCCGCUACAGGGUUGUGAACUGGGCACUGCAGCAGGUCGUCAUUGUGCGCGAGACGCUGGACAAUUUCGAGAAAUGGGGGAAGAUUCAAUGCUUCAGCAUAACUCUACGCAAGCGUGAACAGGACCGCAAUCGCACGAACCCUAGCCGCAGCAAUACAGCCAAUGUGCCGGCCUCUCGACGCCGGACCACCGGUCGAAUCACGGCCAGCAGGGCUCAGACAAUCUUGCACAAAGCACGUACCACUACUGCCGCUGCUACUGGUCGAAGUGCUUCUUCGCAGGAACCAGAAAUCACUUCUACCGGCCGCCGUAAGAGCUUCCCCGUCAACGUCGCGUCUCCCGUGCCUGAAUUCCUGUAUGCGUAUCUGGGCGAGGAUAAAUCGUUUGAUGAUAUUCGACACAUCAUCGACGAGAUUGGAGAAUAUAUCCGGUUUGAGCACGAGUUCAACAAAAAGGAAGUUUCAUUCCCGGAUAUUGAGAUCCUGCCUGUUUUCACCUUGGAAUUCUUGCAUUCCAAGGGUAGGACCACGGAUCAGUUGUCGGACAACAACCAUUCUCGACGCCGGCGUGCUCGCGAUGUGCGCUUGGGCCGUAUCCAUCACUCGGCUUCGGCUUCUAUUUCUGCGUCGAGGCUCAUCCGCAACACUCAUCACCAUAAUGAUAUACGUGAAGUUCAAUAUCGACCGUCUUCUAUUCUUCCUCCGCUCCACCCUCUUCCACUCCCUCUUCCUCGUGCAAAUCUGCACUCGCAUCAUGCUGCCCUAUCUGCUAAUCCUCACUCACAGUCGAACCAUGAUGCUCAAACUCAUGGCCAUGCCCAUUUGCCCCCGUUGGCCCCUCCUCCCCCUGUCCACAUGCACAUGCCAUUUGGUGAAUUCUAG